AUGUUUCAUGAAUCUCGACAAGAACCUCAACAACGCAAGAGGCGUCAUUCGCUUGAUUGGAUUUCAUCGGGACAUUCGAGAUCACCCGACUCAACAAUAGUUGAUGUGGAAAUUGGAACUGCACACAAACAGAGAAAUUUGAAUCAAACCCCUUCUCCAGAAAUGUCUCAAGAUAACAUCCAAUACCAGCCGUCAAGCGACAACACUCGGAGACAUUUCGAUGCUCAAGCCUCCUCGACAAAUCCUGUGCCCAAUCCUGCUUCAAUAGCGCCAAUUGUUCAACAAUUAGCUGAUCAAAUGACCGUUGCUUUUGGCGAAAUCUCUGAUGCUUUUGAGCAUCUUUCAAAUUUGAAGCAAUUCCUCCACAAACUGUCUCGCUUCCAACUCGCUAUUUUUCAAACUCCACCUCUAGACCAGACCCAUCGAUGUCAAAUAAAGAAAAUGGUGCUAAAUGUAAAUAUGGGUCUCUGCCGCAAAAACAAACGGCUUUACGGAUCGAUGACUCACUUGCCAAACAGCGCUUUCCUCUCGUCGGAUUCGUCGGAUGCCGAGAACCGGGAUUUCGAGCAAAUCGCAAAUCCUCGUCCAGUGCCCGUGUUGACCGCUCUCUCGCCACCGAUGCAUCAACAAAUGUCCAACUCUUCAUCGGCGAUUCCUCAACAAUUUGACGCUACACCGCAAGCAAACGAUUCUGGCCGUCAAACGAUGUCCUGCCAAUGGUUUCCUGCCGGGAUUCCAACUGCACCAGCUCCAAAUUUGCCGAGAUUGUUGGAUCACGCUGCACGAGCUCGUCCUCACCACACCUCGGACACGCUGUCAAUCAAUGACACUCGGACUUGGAUCUAUCAGUUAAUCGAUCCAAUUCUCAAAGCUUGUACAAUGAUUCAGAGAAACUUGCAGCAACUGGAUUGGCAGAAGAAAGAGCUGAUGCAAGCUGAGAACAAUGUUGAAGAAUUGCGGAGAUUGGCGACGAUUCGAGUGACUUCAAUAGAAAUCUUACAUCUAUCGAAGCCCCAAACCGUUUGUCGGAGUCCAAAAUGUGCAAGAUAUGAAAGGAUUGAUGGAAAAGAAACGUUGAUCUACAGGGUUUGUCACAAAGAUUGCCAACUAGGCGAUAAUGGAAAACUAGACGGAUGUGCAGUCUUUGGUCGUAACCAGCUCUGCACUGAAUGCUCCUGUCACAUAAAUGAUCACGAGCGAAUCUCGUACGAACAACGAAUGACCACAAAAUCUCUGGAAAACCCGCAAAAACUCGCCUCAGACGCGAAUGCUGCCGAGAUGAAGAAAACCUCGAUUCGAAAAAUUGAGCGACUCAUCAAUGGAUAUCAAAAAGAAUCCAACUACAUUUUAUUCGCAAUGACAACUUUUUCAGCGUUCCUUGCUGAGAAUGGGAUCACUCAGCAAACGAAUCUUUUUGAACAACACUUACAGAAACUGAUUGUUGCCGAAGAAAAGAAAAUGAAAAGCGUAGCCGGGGUGGAUGCGGAGGAAUUCAAUCGAUUGCUCGAACUCAGUGUGACUUAUGGAGAUAUUUGCAAACAAUUUGUUCAUCAACGAGACUCGGAAAAGAUCUCACUUGAUGAGCUGCAAGAAAUUCGACAAAAGUUGUUCUCUUUACCGCUGAAUGGCGCAAUGAUUGCACAUAUUUUCGAUAUUCAUGUGAAAACCGAUCAUCAGGAUUAUGAGGCUACUGUGACACGCUGCGAGAAAUUGAUGUUUCAAAAAAUGUGCGGUCGUGUGAAGAAACAAGACAAACUGCUUUACGGAUCGAUGCCUCAGUUGCAAAGCAGCGCUUUCCUCUCAUCGGAUGCCGAGAACGACGAUUUCGAGCAAAUCGCAAAUCCUCGUCCAGUGCCCGUGUUGACCGCUCUCCCGCCACCGAUGCAUCAACAAAUGUCCAACUCUUCAUCAACGAUUCCUCAACAAUUUGACGCUACACCGCAAGCAAACGAUUCUGGCCGUCAAACGAUGUCCUGCCAAUUGUUUCCUUCCGGGAUUCGAACUGCACCUACUUCAAAUUUGCCGCAAUUCCAACCAGCUCCACAUUCAAACAAUGUCGGGCCUCCGAGUUUUGCUGACAAUGGGAUGCCAUCGCAAUUCCCAAUGGUCUCCCCGCAACCGGGCUUUCCUCCAACAGAAACACCUCCAAUGCCACCUCAAGUUCAACAGAUGCCCAACGGAAAUAUGAUGGGAUUCAUGCAGGAUCCAAAUUUUAUGCAACAAAUGAUGCUCUUCAUGCAACAAAUGCAGCUGCAAGCGCAACAACCGAUGCAACCAAAUGGGGCAUUCAAUCCAAAUCCAGCUUUCCGGGCUAUGGAAUGCAACCAAUGCAAGAAAUAUGUGGAAAAGUCGAUUGAGGAAGAGGAAAAAUGUAUCAAAGCGGGCGGAGAUCGAACGAAACUGGCCAAUCUGAAGCGCUCUUUGGAUGAGUAUCGACAGGAACGAGCGGCUAUUGAGCACGCCUUGCAAUCCGGCGGAAACCAUCAGCAACAGAUCACCACUGAUGAUGUCAAGAAUAUGAAAGCCAUCCUCUUUGCAUUGCCUCAUUUUGGAGCAAAACUCAAAGAACUCUUUGAGCAAACUGUUCGCGGAUAUUCGAUGAAUCAACAACAAAGCGUGCAGAAGUUUGCCCCACCAACGUACACUGCAGCCUCUUCUUCUGGUGGUGGAAAGAAACGUGGUCUUCUCGACAAGCUUCGCCGCAUCUUCCCCAAA